AUGUCGGGAUCGUCGACGAGUGAGAUUCAAAGAGAAAAAGGUAUUAUUGAUGUAUUCAAAACUUGGUUUUCGAAUUCUCCUUCGCAUGGUAUUCGACGAAUUAGUCUUGCUGAUUCCUUAUUUGGACGGAUAUUCUGGUCGUUUAUCUGUCUCAUCUUUACAUCCUUGAUGUGCUUUUUUAUCCUAACUGUCAUUCGAAAUUAUAUUGCUCAGCCCAUGAAAAUCAAUCUCAGCGUACGGCAAUACCAGGAUUCGCAAUAUUUCCCUGCAAUAACUUUCUGUAAUCUAAAUCCACUUCGAAACCCGAAAGUCCUGAAUAGACCUUCUGAUCGUCCUCGUCCUCUACGCCCAGGUCACAUCAAUCGAGAUCUAUCACACAUCGUCGACGCCUUCAUGCACCGACAGCUGACGAAAAAUCUUCACCGAAAACGCCCUACAGUAAUGGAAUCAGGUUAUGCUCUGCAUGACCUUCUUAUUCAGUGUGUAUUCAACGGAUACGUCUGUCAUAGCAAUUUCACUCCGUUUUUUCAUCCCAACUACGGAAAUUGUUUUACAUUCGAUAAUGAUCUUCAUGUUUCGAAUAUUCCGCAAAAUGACACGACACCUUUUUGGACCAUGGUCGAUGAUGAAAGCACAGAUGAUGGUUACAAACUAUUUCUUGAAUUGUUUCUCCAUCAAGAUGAUUACGAACCGUCAUUGGAUGAUCGGGCGGCAUUUCGAGUAUUUAUUCAUCGAAAAAAUCAAAUACCAAUUCUAUCUCAAAACAGUCUGUUCCUCGCUCCAAAAACGUAUACAAAAUUAAUCUUUUCUCAACGGAUAAUCCUAUUUUCUCACAAAUGUCGAAGUGAUCUAACGGAUGAAAUGAAGGAAAUAUUUGGUUUGAAUUCUGUUCGAUAUUCUCAAGACUUGUGCUUUAAAUUAUGUGAAUUUCGUCUAAUUACUAUCGAAUGUAAUUGUACAAAUCGAUUAUUAAUGGUUUUUUCUCAAUUUUUCAAUCCCAAUCAUACAACACACAUAAAAACAAACGAUUCAUGUUCAAUAACUAACAAAUGCUUUAAUAAUCGCCACCGUUUCAAUUCAAUCCGAUAUUGUUCAGAAUGUCUGCCCGAAUGUGAGCUUAUUCAAUAUACAACGCAGUCGUCGUAUGCUGACUAUCCAAAUUUCCGUUCGAUGGACAAAACUUCGAAACGUGUGAAGACAUUUUUGAAAAAAAUCAAUUCAACAUCGUAUAAAAACCGACCGAGCUGUUCGCAGAAUCGAAAUGAACCCUUCUUAGACGAUAUUGUCGCAGUCGGAAUAUCAGCGAGUCCUUAUGCUACAGAAAUACUUAGCGAAUCGCCAAUGUACACUUGGGUCGAUCUUAUUUCAAGUAUUGGAGGACAAACAGGACUUUGGAUCGGUGUUAGUUUGAUAAGUUUUGUCGAAAUUGGCGAAUUAUUAUUUCUUCUACUUCGUCAUCUGAUGAAAAUCACCUAUCGUCAUGCAGUCAAUGAAUAG